AUGAUUUUUAGAAUUUUGGCACUGACUACGCUGGUCAGUACCUGCUAUGGAGUUCUCAAACCAUAUCCAGAAGCGAGUGUUAAUUAUGUAGAUGGUUAUAACUAUGAACCUUACGGUCACUUGGGUGAGGAAUAUGGUUAUGGACAUGGAUACGGUCAUGGAUAUGGUCACAGUCACGGCUACAAGAAGGAUUAUCACUCUUAUCCAAAAUACAAAUUCGGCUACGGCGUCAGCGACCCACUCACAGGAGAUCACAAGUCUCAAGAGGAACAUCGAGACGGCGACGUUGUCAAAGGACAUUACACCGUUGCCGAUCCAGACGGUACCCUAAGAGUAGUUCAUUACAUCGCCGAUCACAACGGAUUCAGAGCUGUGGUCGAAAAACACGGCGAGUCGGUUCAUCCGCAACCAAUACAUCACCCUCCGGUAGUUGAGAGAGUCGUACCUGUAGUUAAAGAAGUUGUGCCUGUAGUUAAAAAGAUAGUGCCAGUAGAUAAAGAGGUCGUUUACGAGAAACCGUACCAUUAUGGGAGUGGGUAUGGGGGAUAUGGUUAUGGUCACCACAAUGAUCCCUAUGGAUAUUAG